CGCUUCAAUCGCAUUUCGUUUGAUCAACUGAGCGCACAUAACAAACAAGAUGAGAAUCCUGCAGGAGCAUGCUAUACAUUUGCUGGAUCCUUCGGAGCUAAUGCGUCCGGAGCCAACAUUUGCGGACAAGAAUCCAUCCAAGUUUCGUGACUACAGCGUGGAUACAGCGGAUCCGCUAAAGGAGCGCGUACGUCGCACCUAUCGCCAAAUGCAUUUGAAUCAAACUGUGGAUUUUGUCAAUGGACGUCGCGCACGCUGGCUGCAGUUCAAUACCAUUAAACUGACGGUGCGCGAGGCGCUGGAGAAGCUCAACGAUCUGGUGGAUGAAUCGGAUCCGGAUUUGGAUUUGCCCAACAUUAUACAUGCAUUCCAGGCGGCGGAGCGUGCACGCGCCGAGUUUCCCGAGCAUGAUUGGCUGCAUCUGACUGCGCUUAUACACGAUCUCGGCAAGAUUAUGGCUUUCUAUGAUGAGCCGCAGUGGGCAGUGGUGGGCGAUACUUUCGCUGUGGGCUGCCGCUGGGGCGAUAGCAUUGUCUAUCGCGGCGACAGCUUCGAGGGCAAUCCCGAUGGCGACAAUCCCGCGUACAACACUGAGUACGGCAUGUAUGCGCCCAACUGUGGCAUUGACAAUCUGCUGCUGUCCUGGGGCCAUGACGAGUACAUGUAUCAAGUGCUGAAGCAUAACAAGACCAAGCUGCCACAUGUUGCAUGCAACAUUAUACGCUUCCAUUCCUUCUAUCCCUGGCACAAUGGCGGCGACUACAAGCACCUCGAAGCGCCCAACGAUGCCGAAACCAAAAAAUGGGUGCUUAUUUUCAAUCGCUACGAUCUGUACACCAAAAGUGAAGUCGUACCCGAUAUCGAGGCACUCUGGCCUUACUACCAAACGCUCAUCGACAAAUAUCUACCCGGCGUGCUGGAAUUCUAAUCAACAAUCACUAUUUUAUAUAUAUUUUUUUUAAUGUUAAGCUCUUGUUAUUCAUAUAGCUCUUAUUCUUAAUCCACUGUAUAUAUGUAUAUUUAAUCGAGCUUUAUAGCCAAAAGUUAAAUAUUUGCAAUCUAGAUUUUGAUUAUAUCUGAAAUUAGCGCAUAAUUUAUUAAAUAUAAAGCGCAACAAUGUCAUUCUUGUAAUAAUUCAACAUAUUUGUAAGCAACAGUUGAGUCCGUAUUGAAAUGUUAUGUUACAUACCAAUCGGAUAAGUUAUAGCUUCAAAUUAAACAAAACACAAGUGUGCGGCAUUUGUUUUGUAGUCAUAAAUU